AAAAUGGCGGGAAGAAACGAUUCAUGCAAGAGAAGUGACCGCCUGUCUUGGUUGACGCCAAAAGAGAAGGAGUCUGAGAAGACUCCAGCUGGUAGUGCGAGGGCUAGUAUUUACGAAAAAUUCAAGUUAUGGGGAUUACUUAGUGCGACGGAGGCUGACAAUGCCGAGAGGUAUUAUACGAAAAAGAUGGCAGACACCUUUGUCAUUACCGGAACUCGUCCGCCAUCUUCCACCGGAAGUCGACCUAGGAGUGGUUACCGCAAAGUCAGCAAUACUGCAGAAGUAGACGAGACUCUGUUUAGAUCUCACAAUUUUACACAAGUGCACGACAGUCAAAGCAGUGCAUUCCCGUUUCAAGCAAAAACUCCAAAAGAGAAGAAGAGGGGUCCCCCACUUCUCUGGGCCCCUACCCCCAAUGACGAAAAACCUAGCAAUUUCCAUGAUGUUAAACCUCGUAUUAAUCACUCAAGUGAGUCACAGAGGUACAGGUUUCACAAUCACAAACCCACAUUCGUGGAUGAAUCAUUAUUUGGACCUAAACUUGAAGAGCCGUCAUUUGAAGCCCCCUGGGCAGAGAAGAAGAGGAAACCACGCCCCGUAAACUGGGCACCACCUGAAUUCUCUUCUUUAAGACAAAUGACUCAAGCUAACUCUGUGAAUGAGCCAUUUUCUCUAGACGGUAGACCUCCAUCACGACAAGGAAGGAGACCCGCGAGCACCAGAAAUAGGCCCUGUACUGUAGAAAGUGUAUCAAGUGCGAAGUCUUGCUGGAAACCAUGAUUAGCUCCUAUUUUACUUAUUCCAUUGAAUUUUUUCGGGAGUGAUUGUUUUCUGGUACAUGCAUACAUUGUUCAAUUACAAGUGAAGAAAAGGUGAACCAAAGAGGAUGGGUCAGUCUCUAAAUGUUACUCUGGCUUUGAUUAAAAAGAUAACGGAAAUCAGUCGAGGAAAAGCUUACGGAAUACACUGAUUAUGGUCUGAGGUUAUUAAACAAUAUAACAGAAUGAUCAUCUUAAAUAGGAGAUACUUCUGUAAUUUGUUUGUCAGAAUAAUCCGUAAAUGAAAGUGAAGUCAGACUUUAGAUAUAUUUUAUGUACUUAUUAUCGUUAUUUUAGCAUUAUAAGAAUGCGUGAUUCGCAAACAGAAUUACUGGUAUCCCCGGUAUAGGAGGUUUAUGAUGCUGUGCCAGCAGCUUAUUGUCAAAUACUGUAGAGUCACUUAAUUUCGAGAGGCUCAAUUUUCGCGGGUUGUUGACACUUCAAAGUUUUGUUGAGAUGUGAUUUCGUGGAUCUAGUCUCUGUACAUUGAAACAUUAAGUAGAUUUUUUUGGGGUCAUAGUUUGAAAUUCGUUGGAUAGGGAUAGCCACGAAAUCUAGUGAUUGUACAGUACCACGAAAUCUAGUGAUUGUACAGCACCACGAAAUCUAGUGAUUGUACAGUACCACGAAAUCUAGUGAUUGUACAGUACCACGAAAUCUAGUGAUUGUACAGUACCACGAAAUCUAGUGAUUGUACAGUACCACGAAAUCUAGUGAUUGUACAGUACCACGAAAUCUAGUGAUUGUACAGUACCACGAAAUCUAGUGAUUGUACAGUACCACGAAAUCUAGUGAUUGUACAGUACCACAUAUUUAUUUUAAUCAUGUAAAAACGAGUUUUUGUAGACGUGGUUUUUGUUGUCGUUGAAGUCUUUUUAAUGAUUAUAUACAUGUAUCUUGUACAUAGUACCGUGUUUUUCAUUAGCAUUAUAAAGUCCCUGUUGGGAACAGUGCUCCCUGCUCGAAUCCCGCCAUCUACAUCACAUUGAAACCCCUCACAAAAUAGUGCUUGAGUCAUAGUUUAAACUGUAUUCGUUUUAAAAAACCAAGAACAGGAUUGUAUACAUAUCGUUUGAAUUGUUGAGAGUGGAAAACAAGCGAAUAUGCACUCCUAUCAAUUCCUCUCACAUUAUUAUAUUUAUAAAUUAGCAAAUGGCGAUCACGUUUUGACAAGAAACUCUUUCCAGAGUAUUAAAGGAUCUACUUUUAUUGAACACCGCCUUGUACAUCACAUUGUUACCCCUAACAAAAUAGUUCCACCGUCUUAAAGGAACCGUCCUGUUUGUGUUGUAUUGUUCAUGCUUGUGUUGAUUUGUGUGAUUACUAUGUAUGUGCUGUGUCCUAUUUUCGUCUCGUGUUUUUGUUGUAUUAUUUUAUGUUCUUCCUGUGAAUUUAGGUGUCAUUCACUUCUGGCUGUUCAAAUUAAAGAAACGAAAGUAAAAGAAAUUUGUACGAAGUAAUUUGGUCACGUGCUAGAGUUGCGUUUGGAAUGAUAUCAAUUUUUUUAUUUUUUUUUUAUUUAUUUUUUUAAAUUUUUUUUUACAGUUUUAAGUAAUAUAACUUCAUUGUGUUUUUGUAAAUAAUCUUACGAUAUUGCAUUGUGUAUAUGUACACCACUGUAACUAACACAGAAUCCCAUAUUAGUUGUUUUUGUUGUUGUAAAAGGGUGGAGGGGAGAAAGACGGUGAAAAGAAGACACACACACAGACAGAGAGAGAGAGAGGUGGGAGGUGGCUCCCCUGUCCACCCCUACCUCAUCCAUUGAUAUCUGGUGCUCUUAAUUCACGUGUCGCGUGCAUAGAAUUUUAUAUGUAUUAAGGUUAAUUCUAUGAGUAACAUGAUUCCUUGCAUACCACACUAAUUUUCUAUGUUGAAAACUUAUACCGGGGCAUUUGAUUUUGAAUUGAAUAUUAUUAUUUGAUUGUGUGCACAAAAGUACAGCUAAACAAUAAUACAAAUGAAACGAAUAUCAAUUAAAGUUCGAUGAAAGGGUUAGAGGUCAAAAACAUGACACGGAGGAUGUAUGAAGAUGUUGUACAAGUGAUGACGGGGAAUAUGGGUGAACUUAAAUGCUUUGAUUGUCACAAAUGGUUGAGGAGCUUUCUAUCAUUGUUGUUUUAUGUAGUAAUACAGGUACAAAUUUAUCAUAGCGUUAUUUUAUCAAUAAAAAUGAAUGAACAACAAAA